AAUUCUCUCUAUCCAGCUUAGGGCUUUCUAUUUUAUGAACACUCAAGUCAUUCGUUCAGUUUCAGCAAUCAAAUGUGCGUGUGAGAGAGAAUAGUAACUCUCUAAAUCCCUAUUACUAAAGUUCCUCCCCGUCGCACCUCUUCUUACGACAUACAAGGUGGGGAAUUGAUCUUUCUCAUAGCCUCACAGGUCAUUGGAAGUCGAAAAGUAACGUCGCAAGUCAUCACCAUUUUAUCCCGCAACAAAAUUUGAAUUUGGAUUGAUUUGAAUAAAUUUCAUUACAAUUUUGUAUUAUAUUUUAUUAAAAUCUAAUACAAAUUUAAAUUUAAGGUCUCUUCAAAUAAAAGACAAUACUAUUUUUAACAGCAUAAAUUCGAAUCUUAAAUUUUUAUUAGACUGAAUUUAAAUUUUAUAUUUUAUCUAAAUUUAAUAUAAAUAUAAAUUAAAAGACAUCUGAAGCCCUAUGCCAUUUUCUCGUUUCUCUCGCAAUAGUAGUUGGACUUCUGAGCAUUGCGCCUCCUCUCCGGCGGCGAGGCCAGCAGUGAACGCCGCCUCCCACAGCCAGCAGUGUGCCUACCCCACCCCGGCCAGCAGUGAGCCUCCUCCACGACCGGCACUGAGAAAUCCAAAAUCACAACUUCUGAAGCCUGCAGGGGUUUGUAUUAGUUCAUUCAACAACCACAUGAUGAAUCUUGCUGGAUCACUAUGCAGAAGAAUGAAUCUCAAAGAGCUGGUCACAAAUAUUCCUGUUUACAGUAGUGCUAGUGAUGUCUCUGGAGGAGGAAUGGGUGUGAUUUUCAGGCGCUGGGCCACCAAAAAGACAGCAGGAUCCACAAAGAAUGGACGUGACUCAAAACCCAAGAAUCUUGGCGUGAAGAAAUUUGGUGGAGAGAGAGUAAUACCUGGAAAUAUCAUUGUUCGUCAAAGGGGUACCCGGUUUCAUCCUGGAAACUACGUUGGAAUGGGAAAGGACCACACUCUCUUUGCUCUGAAAGAAGGCUGUGUUAAGUUUGAAAAGCACAAGCUGAGUGGACGCAAGUGGGUGCAUGUUGAGCCCAAGGAAGGCCAUAUGCUUCACCCAGUCUACGCAGAUGCUGCACCGCCUCAGCUCCAGAUGACUGUGUGAUCUCCUAUUAUUUUGGUCUCUCACUGAUGUUGAAUGCAACUAUUGCAGCCUGAGCUCUACACAAUUCAAGUUGUGCUUUUUUAGGUCUUUGUAGUUGGUUGUGGUAUAUUUACUGGCUGGACAUGCAACAUGCACUGGCAUGCAUGGAUUAAGUCAUAAAUGGAUUUGUGCCUUUUCGACUUUUGCCA